AUGGGCACCCAGACAAACACAUCGGAUCCGGUUCCUCCGCCACCACCACCGCGUCCGAUUCGCUUUGUACAUAACCAAGGACAACCGCCUUCUAAGCGGCGCAGAAUCAAUGCUGCGUGUUUGACCUGUCGAAAACGCAAAACGAGAUGCGCUGGCGAACGACCUGUUUGCUCUACCUGCACCAAGAACGGCCACGAAUGCCUAGGAUAUCCCGAAGAUAUUAAGAGGGAGGAUGUUGAGAGACCAACACUUUUGGACAAGUCUGGUCACGAUCAACCCGAGCGCGAACAUCACAACCACCACGAUGACGACAUUAAAAUCGAGAAGACUCAGGUCCGAGUCCAGGUUACACCAGAUGCGCUCACUCCCGAUGCAGUACAGGAGACAACAAUGUCGCUCACGAACAUGAUCGAUUCGAAGCUUCACGAACGCAAACCCUCCAAUGCGCUAGCGCCCAACGGCCAUCGCUACUCUUCCAUAGCCGCGCAAAACACGCCAUCUCCUACUGCUGUGCGCCGGUCCGAACGCAAUCGCGUCCCCUACUUCCGUUACUUUGGGCCGACAGCCAUCGUCCCCGGAUUCAAGCAAAUGGUUGUUUCUGUACGCGACCGACGGCGGUCAGCCGCUGGCUCGAUGGUUGGGACUUCGCCCAUGUCAGCUCACAGUGGAGCACCAGGAAGUAGUUCAGCUGUCGAUAUCGACGUGGUUGGCGAAGAACUCCCUACUUACGACCCCAACGACCCAGCCCCGGUUCACCCUCUAAUCAUCAGUCUUAUUAACACUUUCUUCGUGCAAAUGGGUUCCAGUUACCCGUUCCUUCGACAAUCAAAGUUUUUGCGCAUGGUGAAAGAGAAGAGAGUCGAAGCUAUACUAGUUGAUUCCAUUUGCGCUUUGGCUGCGAGGUUCUCUGACUCUCCAGCCCUUACAAAUGGAAGCGACAAGAUGCCAAGGAUGGAAAGGGGUGCAGUGUUUGCGCAAAGAGCCAGGCAAGCCACCGUGGACACAUUUCCGUGCCCAACGGUUGGUGCCGUACAGGCUUGUCUUUUAAUGGCGUAUGAAGGAUUCGGAGCGAGCCAAGACAGUGCUCUGUGGAUGUACCUUGGCCUCGCUAUCCGUAUGGCUGUUGACUUGGGUCUGCAAAAAGAAGUUGGAGUCCAGUAUCACGGAGAGAAGGAUGCUCUGUAUUCACAAAACUGGGGUCGCCCACCAGUUGAUGAAGGGAAUUCGGAAGCAAAACCAAGCGAAUCGAGUCAACUUAACCCCCAAGAGCAAAGAGAGCUCGUUCAGGAACGAAUGGACACAUUUUGGGCAGUUUUCAUCCUGGACCGCAUUAUCUCAUCGGGGACAGGUCGUCCGGUUACAUUCCGUGACGAUGACUUGGAGCUCUCAUUCCCUGAGCCCUUUAUCGACCCAGCGACGAAUUGGCCAGCGCCAUAUCCCAUUUUCCUUCAGAUUAUUCACCUAUAUGGGCGUGUCUGUGACGUCCUCAACAAGGUUCGCAAUGCCCAGGAUCUUACUAAAGACACAUGGGACAAACUCGGCGAGAUGGAGCACGAGCUGACGAGGCUCUACAAGAGCUGGGAUUCGCGGCUACAGUUCAACGUGAGCAACUUCAAGGCUUACCUGGGGAUAGGUCAAGGCAACACGUUUAUCCUGUUGCACUUUUGGUUUCACGCACUCUUCAUCAUCCUCCACCAACCAACUCUCCUUACCCCUUUCGCUGAACUCCGUAGCGAGUUGCAACUCCUACCUGACAGUCGCGAACUUAGUAUGAGCAGUGCAAAAACGAUUUGUGACAUCCUAUCUUUUGCGGACCUAAUUGACCCUAAAAGCUUUAUUGGAAAUCCCUUUACUUGCCAACCGAUAUACAUUGCAGCUUGUGCUUUCGUAAUGGAGUCAAGCGCCAACGCAUCAAGUUCCCCGUCAAGGGAUAAUUCUCCCGGCAUGCACCGUCCGGAUGCAACAGGAGGGAACAAGUCUCGAGAAGCCAAGUCGUCAAGACACUCUCUAUUGGCUUCCGCGGCGAAUCAGAAUUAUCAAAAAUGUUUCAACUCACUGCAACAAGUUGAAAUGUAUUGGGGUGGUGCUACAUAUAUCAUUACCGCUUUGGAUCAACGAGCCAAAGGAAUAUGGGACUGCGAAACAUACACGGCGGAAGAAUACGAAAGUACGAAGGUGCCCCGAAGAGGCAGCACUGGGGCGUUGAAUAAUCGAUUCCCUCAGUUCGAAAGUAAGGCAUCGCCGAGGUUAUCGGGGCCGCCUAUUGCAUGGACUCUAGCAGGAACAGCCAACUCGCCAAACUCGAGCUUAACACUCAUGUACCAAAAUCGGGAAUCGACAGUCCAAACAGGGCCUCAACCUACUCCAUCGAUACGGACUCCGAGCACACCGCCCGGUAAUAUGAUCUUUGACCCUAUCAGACAAAGUUUACCAGACUCGACGAGUAUGCUCGCGCCAGCAUAUCCGCAACACACUACUUCGGCAAUGCGGCAAUCAUCUCGUCCAUCUAUGCCCCGUCGAACUUCAAAUCUUUCAACAACAAGUACUCAGACGCGACCCACGGUCCAGUUCGAUGGGGUACACGAAGAUAGUGAGAGUAACGACUUUUACACUGGCCCAAGAUUCACAUCCACGAGCCAGCCUUCAGUCGGCUUUGAUGCAUACAGUGUUUCGCCACCAACAGCCAUGGCAGAGAAUGGAGUGACCCCAGCCACGACACUCUCUGGAGCGAACGGCAUGUACUUUGGUCAAAACAGUUUCCCAUAUGCAAUGCCGUGGGGAACAACAAUGGGGAGCAUGGAUGGCAUCACGUUCGAUAGCCAGGAUAUUGACAUUGCUGCUCUGGGAUUGCAGCAGUCAGAUAUGAUGGGUCCUUGGUUGGACUACAUACCCUCUGAUGUGCUGGGCUUGUUUGAGCAACAGCAUCCGCAUAUGGGCCACGGUGGUCAUUGA